UUGUGUCAUGUGUCAUCUCACAUCUGUCAUCCUGUAGCCUGUGUUGGAUAUUGGAUGACAGAAAUUUUUCAAUAAUUCCUUUUUAAAACUAAGUCGCGAAAGAUGAGUGCUGAAGAUAAUUCAGAACGCUCUCAAGAUAAAGAAUUAGCUGACCUUUUGGACAGUGCAUUAGAGGAUUUCAGUGGUGUAUCGUCUAAAGAAAAAGUAGCAACGACUGAACAAAAAAAGGAAUCUAAUGUAGAUUCUGUACCGGAAGAAUGGUCUGCAGAUUUUGUUCAACAAGCAACCAUGCAGUUCGAAGAAACCUUUUUAAAUCUUCUUAGCACUGGCGAAUCAAAUGCACAGGGUAAUACAGAUUUGAUACAAGAAAAAUUAAAAGAAAUGGCAAAUGCUGCUCAACAAGUUCUUACAAAUCCUGGAGAAGUGUCUGACCAAUCUGUUGACUUUGCCUCAAGCAUUUCACAAGCAAUAGCCGAUUUAAAUCAGGACCAAGGAAAUCUAAAAGCUCCUUUCAAUGAAGAUGAUUUGCUUAAAAUGUUUGGAGGAAGCAGCAGCAGACAAGAAGGGGAUAUUCUUCCUUUUAUGGAGGGUAUGAUGCAAGGGCUUCUUUCUAAAGAAGUAUUGGGACCAAGCCUUCAAGUUUUCGUGGAUCAAUUGCCAGAGUACUUAGAAAAGAAUAAAGACUCUUUAAGCAAAGAAGACAUUGAAAGAUAUCAGAAACAAAAAGAAAGCAUGGAACAAAUUUUAGAAGAAUUAAAUAGUGAAAGUGACACAGAUAGUAAGGAAGUAAAAAAGAAAAGAUUUUCAAAAGUUUUGGCACUUAUGCAAAAGCUUCAAGAUUAUGGUCAACCACCACCUGAGUUAGUAGGUAAUUUGGACAUGCCAUUUUCUUUUGACAGUGCAGGAAAUCCAAAAGGUGUCAAUAAUGUAGAAGGAGCAUCUGCUAAUCAAGAAUGUUGUAUAAUGUAAUUUUUUAAGUUCUGUUUUAAAGGUUGUUGUUUUAUGAUAUAGUUCUUUUUAGUUUAAAUCAGGAAGUUGUUAGGUAGCAAAGAAAUAAUAUAUGUUAUUUAAAAAAAAACUUUUAUCAAUUUAUGAAUCAAAAGAGAAGAUUCUCGGAGAGGUCAUAUUUUAAAAAACCGAAGAACAGUAUUAAAUAGACAGUAUUG